AGCAAUUUUAUUCUAACUCGUGUGAAAUUCAUGUUUUGUUAGCCUGUCUAGCAAGCUGAUGUCGACUGGUUGACAAUAUCUUUAGAUGGAUAUGUUUGCAUAAAAGUUGUACAGAAGCCACUCCUAACUCGUGGGGCAAUGGCUGACCAACAUUCCCCACCUGAGAUGUCCCAGAAGACUGAGUACCUGGAGCCUGAUAAUGAAUCGGACAGGGAUUCUGGUGUUGGGGAAGAUGCAGGAGAAGAUGCUGAUACUUACAAUCAAUACAGUGUAAAUGAAGAAGACGAAGACAUGGAGAUGGAUAAUAUGAAUGGAAAUGAUGGAGAGUCUGAAGACUUUACAGUGUUUGUUGCCUUUCAAGGGAACAUGGAAGAUGAGGACUUCGUUCAAAAACUUGACACCGUCGUCAGUGGGAUACCUAACAUACUUAAUAUGGACUCUGAGAGGCUGCAGCCACAACAUGUGGAGCCAUGGAACAGUGUUCGUGUUACCUUCAACAUUCCUCGUGACGCUGCUGAGCGACUCCGACUGCUGGCCCAGAACAAUCAGCAGCAGCUUAGAGAACUGGGUAUUCUCUCUGUGCAAAUAGAAGGUGAGGGAGCAAUUAAUGUGGCUGUGGGACCAAACCGAGGACAAGAAGUCAGAGUGAAUGGACCAAUAGGAGCACCUGGUCAGAUGAGAAUGGAUGGUGGCUUUCCAGGUCAGCCUGGUCCAGGAGGGGUAAGGAUGGCCAAUCCAUCUAUGGUUCCACCAGGCCCUGGCAUGGUGGGUCAGCCUAUGUUACCAGGCAGUAGUGGACAAAUGCAUCCUCGUGUUCAAAGGCCACCUUCACAAGCAGAUGUGAUGGAUCCAAUGAUGCCAGUUAUGUCUGUUCAGCAGCAGCAGCAACUUCAGCACCAACAGGUUGCUUCCCAUGCUUCUGCUCAUCAUAUACAAGCUCUGCAGGGAGGGAGACCACUCAAUCCAGCUGCGCUGCAGCAGCUACAACAACAGCAUCACCAACAGCAGCAGGCCCAGCAGCAGGUUCAGCUUUCCCAGCUUGGACCCAGACCCCCAUUUAACCCUCCAGGCCAAAUGUCUGCACCUCCUGGCUGGAAUCAGUUGCCGUCCGGUGUACUCCAGCCACCAGCAGCUCAGGGAGGCCCUACAUGGAGAAAACUUCCACCCCAGGGGCAAAUGGUUCAGCGCCCACCCUCUCUAGCUACAGUUCAGACCCCCAAUCAUCCUCCACCCCCGUACCCAUUUGGCAGUCAGCAGGCAGGGCAGUUAUUCAGCACUAUGGGUCAAGGACAGUUGCAGCAGCAACAACAGCCAGGAAUGGGUCAGUUUGCUGCACCCCAACCUAAAAGCCAACAAGGUGGCCCCGUUGGGGUCACUGGACAACCCAGACCCCCGCCACCUCUUCCACCAACUACUGGACCACAGGGCAACCUCACUGCCAAGUCCCCUGGAUCAUCCUCAUCUCCUUUCCAGCAAGGUUCUCCAGGGACACCUCCCAUGAUGGCUCAGAGACCUACCACUCCACAGGGUUUCCCUCAGGGUGUUGGUUCACCAGGUAGAGCAGCCCUCACUCAACAGGGUAACAUGCAGCAAGGAUUCAUGGGAAUGCCCCAGCAUGGACAGCCUGGGGCCCAAGUUCACCCAGGUAUGGCAAAGCGUCCUAUGGGCUUUCCAACUCCAAACUUUGUCCAAGGUCAGGUGAGUGCGAGCACUCCAGGAGCCCCCGUUGGUGGAGCAACUCAGCAGCUACAGAACAACCAAGCAAUGACUCACGCAGGAACCCAGCCAUCAGCCUCCACACCAAACUCAAUGCAGGGACCACCCCAUGUCCAAUCUAAUGUUAUGGCUGUGCAAAGUAGCAUGGCAGGUCCGCCUCCUGGUACAACAGCUGGACCUAGCAUGGGCCAGCAGCAGGCUGGCCUCCAGACCCAGAUGAUGGGCCUCCAGCAUCAGGCCCAGCCUGUGUCUUCCUCCCCCAGCCAGAUGGUUCAAGGCCAGGGUGGAGGUCAGACUGUCCUUUCAAGGCCCAUUGGUCAAGGGCAGAGAGGAGGGAUGACCCCACCUAAGCAAAUGAUGCCACAACAAGGCCAGGGGGUGAUGCAUGGGCAGGGUCAGAUGGUUGGAGGCCAAGGACAUCAUGCCAUGCUCCUGCAGCAGCAGCAGCAACAAAACUCAAUGAUGGAGCAAAUGGUUGCCAAUCAAAUGCAAGGAAACAAGCAGGCUUUUGGAGGCAAGAUUCCACCUGGGGUUAUGCCUGGCCAGAUGAUGCGUGGCCCUUCACCAAAUGUUUCUGGAAAUAUGGCUCAGUUUCCGGGACAGGUCCCACAGCAGAUGACUCCUCAGCAGCAGCAGCAAUUAGCUCAACUUCAACAGCAGCAGCAGUUACAACAGCAUCAGCUGCAGCAGCAGCAGUUACAACAACAGCAGCAGCAGCAACACCAGCAGAUGAACCAGCAACAGCCCCAACAGGUUCAAAUUUCUGGCAAUCCUAAUCAGACUAUGAGCAUGCAUGGUCAACAGAUGAGACUUCCUGCUGGUCAUCAUCUUAUCCAACAACAACAACAACAACAGUUACAGCAGCAGCAGUUUCAGCAGCAACAACAACAGAAACAACAACAAGCAAUGCUGCAGCAGCAACAACAACAGGCAGCUCAGCAGCAUCAACAUGUCAUGGGAGACCCAAAUGGGGCUGGAGACAUGGGUGUGCAACAAAUGGUCCCUGAUAUGCAGGCACAGCAGCAGCAAGGCAUGAUUGGAGGUCCUCAGCACAUGCAGAUGGGAAAUGGACACUUUGCAGGUCAUGGCAUGAACUUCAACCCUCAGUUCCAAGGUCAAAUGCCUAUUGGAGGGCCAUGUGGGCAACCAGGAGGCUUUCCAGUUAGUAAAGAUGUUACGCUGACCAGCCCACUGCUAGUCAAUCUUUUGCAGAGUGAUAUCUCAGCAAGUCAGUUUGGACCAGGAGGAAAACAGGGGGCAGGUGGAGACAAUCAGGCAAAGCCUAAAAAGAAGAAACCUGUGCGAAAGAAAAAGCCCAAAGAAARUGACGGCCAACAGCAAGUUGAGGGACCUGGUGGUCUUGAUGGGGCAGCUGGGCUGGAUGAUUCUGAAGUGUCCAAUCUGGGUGGGGAGCCGGGUUUGAACUCAGAAAACCCAGUCCAGAAACUCCCUGAUUUUGCAAACAGGCCUGCAGGCUUUCCUAAUCAGACAGGAGAGCAAAGAGUACUGCAGCAAGUACCCAUGCAGUUUAUGCAACAGCAGCAGCAGCAACAACACCAACAACAACAGCAUUUGCAGCAACAGCAAAUGCAGCAUCAGCAAAUGCAGCAUCAACAGCAAAUGCAACAGCAGAUGCAACAGCAACAAAUGCAACAACAGCAGCAGCAACAACAACAACAAUUACAACAGCAGCAGCAACAACAACAACAACAACUACAACAGCAGCAGCAGCAACAACAAUUACAGCAACAACAAAUGCAGCAGCAGCAGCAGAUGAUGCAUGCUCUCCAGAAUGCUCAAGGCCAGCAAGGGAUGACAGGGCCACAAGCUUCAGCUCAAGGCCAACCACAGAUGCAUCCUCAUCAGCUGCAGCAGCAACAGCAGCAGCAGCAACAACAACAGAUGAUGAUGAUGCUUAAGAUGCAACAGGAGCAGGCAAAGAAUCGAAUGCCCAUGCCCCCAGGAGGACAGCUCCCUCCCCGGGGUAUGGCCAAUCCAACAGAGGCACAAAGGCAUCCAGUUUCACAGCAAAGCAACAUGCCUGUAAUGAUCAGCCUUCCAGGACAUGGAAGUGUGCCACCAUCACCUGACAAAGCYCGGGGGAUGCCCUUGAUGGUGAACCCACAGCUUGCAGGUGCUGUUCGAAGAAUGUCCCAUCCUGAUGCUGGGCAGGGUACCCAGGGCACUGGAUCUGAUGAGGUUCUUACAGGUGCACCGUCAAAGCAGGACAGGCCUGGUGGCUCAGAAAUUGGGACACAGCCAGGAAAUGGGACUCAACAGGUUGUGUCCAGCCAGGGUUCCAAUGCUCAUUUGAUGAAGCAAGGGUCUGGUCAAACACAAAUGCCCCAGCAUACCGGGGCCAGUCCUCAGCAGCAGUUGCCCAGUCAGCCUCAACAAGGCGGUCACAUGUCUAGCCUUCAUUUUCCUAAUGCCCCUACAACUUCACAAAGCUCCAGGCCUAAAACCCCCAACAGAGCCAGCCCAAGACCCUAUCAUCAUCCUCUAACUCCAACUAAUCGCCCACCCAGUACUGAGCCCUCAGAAAUUAACCUUUCUCCUGAGAGGCUAAAUGCUUCAAUUGCUGGACUAUUUCCUCCUAAAAUUAACAUUCCUCUUCCUCCAAGACAGCCAAACCUUAACAGAGGAUUUGACCAACAGGGUUUGAACCCAACAACCCUGAAAGCAAUUGGGCAGGCACCUCCUAAUUUAACUCUAACAAGCAACAAUAACAACAAUGGUAACACAGGAGGAAAUAACACUAACAAUCAGAUGUCUUCUGGACCUGGUGUUGGGGGUUUAGGUACAAAGCAAGACAAACAGCCUGCAGGCCAAAGUAAGAGGGCAAGUCCUAGCAAUAGUCGCAGGUCAAGUCCCGCAUCUAGUCGCAAGUCAGCCACUCCAAGUCCAGGAAGACAAAAGGGGGCAAAAAUUACAAUCAACUGCCCUCCACAUCAGCAGCAAUUAGGAAACCCUCAAGGGCAAACAAUGAUGCUAAGCCCUUCCUCGGUGCCUCAAAGUCCAGUAUCUCUGCCUUCACAACUAAGCGGAGGCAUGGAGGCACAGCAGACCCAAAGUCCCAUUCAUGGGAUUCACGGCAACCCAGCUGAUGGAGUCAGGGAAAACCAGGGAAUGCUUACAGUCGAAAGACACACACCUCAAUCUCAGUCCCAACCAUUCAGGGAUUUAUCAGCCCCCAGAAUAACAAGUCCUCGUCUGCCAGCACCCCAGCAGCCUAAACCUGAUAUGGAAGUGCAGGGAAGCACAACUGAUAGACAUCCAACACAGCAAACAUCUAUACAGGACUCAGAGGCUUCACCUGCUCUCAGAUCAGCUCCAACAUCCCUCAACCAGUUGCUAGAUAACGCGAGUGUUGCAAACAUGCCACUUCGAACGGUUCAGACUAAUACUGUUGUCAUAGGAAAAGACAGCCUGAAGUCUGCUUUGGAUCCAGACAGGCCACUUCCCACUAAUUCCCAGAGCUUUUCAUCUGUUGUUACCACUGCUACUGUACAGGAAACUGAGGCUAAAUCUAAACCAGCUUCUUGUAUUCCUACUAGCAGCCCUGCCUUGCAGCUUACUUCAGUCCCCAGCUCGCACCUUCCCACUAAUGUAAGCUUGAGUACUCUUGGCCUUAACCAAAAUCCCAUUUCUAGUCUCAUUAAUUCGAAUUCAAACAUAAAUUCAAUGACCAGUCUUUGCAACUCAGUCAGCACUAACACUAAUGCGACACCAGGUCUUAGCACCAGUACAAUCACUUCUGGUCAGAACAGUUCUGCCACAGCUGUUAGUACCAGCUCUGUUGUACACCCAGCCAAUUCAUCUCUUAAGCCAAGUCCUAGUCCUAAACCUGUGACAAGUGUUCCCUCAGUCAUACAGGUCCCUUCAUCUUCAACCAACAUUUCUCCCAAUCAGAUCAGAGUGUUGUUCGCACCAAAUGCCAUUACUUCUGCCCCUACUUCACAGGUGUCCGCAUCUAUGGUGUCCACUAUGAUGGCUGUCCCAAACAAAAACAUUAGACCUCAGGACAUCAGACAGCAGAAUUCCGGCCCACGACCUGCUCAGUUCAUCACAACCACUCCUGUGUUUAUCAACCCAGUUUUCCAGGUCACGGGUUCUUCUAUGGCUCCCAAUACAACAGUGGUAUCACAGUCUGUCACCAUGGUGGGCUCUAUCCAGGUGUCGGCUGCAAACAUCCAACUUUCUCCUGCUCCAACUUCCACACAAUCAUCAGGGGCUACAAUGACAAGUGCUCAGCUCACAAAGAAUGCUGUUGGACAGGUUCAUGUAGCCAGUAGUAUGUCCUCUUCAGUCCCUGCUGGUACUCUCCUAGCUCCUCAACAAAUGAACCAAGGACAUGUCAAAACAGAACAUUUGGGAGAGACGAGUUCUGCUCAAAAAUCUGCUCUCCCUGUGUGUCAGCCACAUUCCCAUCCAAGCCAAUCAAUGUCUUCUUUUCAACCACCUCUGGCCUCUCCUCCUCCCUGUUCUAGUCCUGGAGCUGUUAACACAAUCCGAAAGAGCCCUGUAUCUUCAUCUCCAGUUCCCCAUGUGAAAAGUAAGCCUGCGUCAGUUCCUGUAUCUUGUACUGGCACAGCUGACUCCCAGCAAAGCAGUGUAGAAAGGCCACUACAGGGGCACCCAGGGCCAGUCCCUCCACAAGUUUUUAUACCUCCUGUUAGUUCAGCCGUUAAGACUGAAGCACAAGCUCCCCAUACUACUACUGUUGGAUCAAAUAAUACUCUGCCUAUAGUUUCUUCCCAAGUUACUGUUCCUAAUCAGAUUGUUGGCCAGGCACCUGUACUCACAUCAGCCUCAGUCUCAAGCCUAAAACAGGCAGUAAAUCCUCAAGCUCCCAUUGUGACUGCAGCUGGUACAACCGCUGGGGUCUCUUCCAGUACAUUGCUUACUACAGUCACUCCUGUACAUACUCCCGUGCUGUCUGUUGUUCCAAUUGUUGCUGCACCAGUACCUGUUGAGGGAUCCCAUAUUACAUCCACUCCUGCUGCUGUCUCCAGUGGAGGGCCAUCAGGCCAACCUGACCCUCCAGCUGCAGAGCCACCCAUGCCACCAAAUUCAGCACCUGCUGAAUCAGCUCAAACCACUUCAGCACCUCUUCAACAAGAAGCUUCACAGGAUUCUGGCUCCACUGAGAAGAAGAAUGAAGAGUUCUCAACAGGUUCAGAGCAAGGAUGGGCAAAGAAAAGAACGACGCCCAUCAACUUAGUCCCAAGAGCUGCUGUGGAGAAGCCCAAGGGGCCAAGCAGGCGCAGCUCUCGAGCAGAGAAAGACUUAGAGGAGGAGCCAUUGGCAGAUAGUGGCAUUAGGAAGAGAUCAGCUAGGCCUGGAACAAGUGCUGCAGUAAAAGAAACUGCAGCAAGUCCCACUCAAGCCAAACGAAGGAAGUCUAAAUAGGCACAGCUACAGUUGUUUACCUGUGAAUUGUACUGUAAAUGCUUUGUUUUCCGCUGUGAAUCAGUUGAUGUUGGCUUCUCUGGCCUAGAUUAUAAAUUUUCACUGGAGGAAGAAACUAUGUACAGAUUGUUUAAACAAAACAAAAAAAAAAUGAAGCUAUUGUUUUGUCCAUAGUGUCAUGUGUGCUUGCAUUUUGUGUGACUGUGCUUUUUAUGUUAAAUGCUGGAUUAAUUGUGAAGAUUGAUAAUGAACCUCACCAUUACUGUAUAAUUAUGCUGUAACAUGGAAUAAAUUUUUUUACUGCUUUUGUUCUGUGAAAAAAAAMAAACACA